AUGAAAUUCAUUUUGUUACUUUCUUGUUUAAUCUUCUCUUUAGGUGAAAACUGUUAUCAAGUUGACCAAGAAAACCAAUGUAUUAAAGAUGGUCAAACUCCAUGUUCAGGUGAUGUUACUGUUCUUGAACCUACCAUUAAUGCUAUUUGUGAAAAUGGGUUCAAAGACAACACACAAAUAACCAGUAUCACCAUCCAAGAUAAUGACCAAUUUUCUUUUCGAGCUUCUGCAUUCGAAGGAGCCACUAAAUUACAAAGAGUAGCUUCGAUUAGAAAUAUCAUCAAUGUUGGAGUUAAAUCGUUCAAAGGAUGUACUUCAUUGACAACAAUUGAUUUGAGUUCAAUCAAAGUGGUACCAGAAAGUUGUUUUGAAGGAUGCACUGCACUUUCAGAAGUUUCAUCCACAUUUGGUCAAGUUGUAACAUUUGAAAACUUUGCAUUUGCAGACAGUGGCAUUUCUGAAAUUAACUUUGCAACAGAUCUUGUGAAAAUAGGAGAAGGUGUCUUUAGAAAUACAAAAUUCACUUCUAUAACACUUCCAUCAAAAACACCUUCAGCUGGAUUUGGUGCACACGUCUUUGAAGGAUGCAAAGAAUUACAAACAGUAGAUGUUGGAGAAACAUUUAUUAUACCAGACUUCACUUUUAAGGGAUGUAGUAAAUUAAUAACAUUCAAUGGGUUUGAAAAAAUCAAUUCAUUUGGGAUUGAAUCCUUUUCUGAAACUCCAUUGACGGCCAUUACUUUUAAUGAAACUGUAACAAAAUUUGGAAACAAAGCAUUUAAAUCCACAAAUUUGGUUACUAUUGUCUUACCUCAAAAAAUUGAAGAGUUUGGAACAAACGUGUUUGACUCAUCAAAUUCACUUACCACUGUUACAAUUACCUCAAACAUUGCAAUUCCAGAUGGUACUUUUGUCAAUUGUACUAUAUUAUCCACAGUCACUGGUUUUGAAAUGAUUACCUCAUUCGGAGACUUUUCUUUCUCUUCUACUAAACUCACAACAAUCACCUUUGGAAAUGCAGUGACCAGAUUAUCAAACAAGACCUUUGUAAACACAAAUUUAGUCAGUGUAACAUUUGGAGAAACAGAAAUUCAAAAAUUUGAAACAGGUACUUUCAAAGGAAUAACUUCUUUGACUACUGUGAAUUUUAAAGGACAAAGUUCAAUUCCAGACUUUACAUUCCAGGGGUGCAACAAAUUAUUAACACUCACAGAUACAAAUGAUGUCAACUCGUUUGGAAGGUCAGCAUUUGAAGGUACUAUAUUCACGACAUUCCCAUUGGGUCAGACCAUCAAAUUAAUGGAUGACAACGCUUUCAAGAGAUCACAGUUGACUCAAAUUGUUUUACCAGAAACCCCUAUCACGAUCUUUGGAAAUGGUGUAUUUGAAAGCUCGGUUAAUCUUAGAAUGGUUGAUUUGGGUGGAAAUACAAACAUUCCAGAUUUCACAUUCAAGGGGUGUACACCAUUAAACGACUUAAGAAAUUCUGCCAAAGUUAUUUCUUUUGGUGCUUCGUCGUUUGAAAACACUCAAAUAUCGAAUCUAGAAUUUUCACCAAGUCUCAAGAAAAUUGGAAGUGGUGCUUUUAGGAAUACACAAAUGACGGCUGUAAUAUUUCCAAACCACCAAAUUGAGGAAAUUGGAGAAGGUGCAUUUGAAGAUGUGUACAACCUCCAGUCUGUUGUGAUUGGCGGAGUAACAAAAUUACCCAACUUUAUAUUUAGAAAUGAUUUAUUACUUAACUCAGUCAACGGACUUGAAAAGAUCACAUCCUUUGGUGAAAGCUGUUUUGAAGGUACAAAGAUCACCAACUUCAUUUUUAAUAACAACGUUGAGAGGAUUGGAACUCGAGCGUUUGGUUCGACAAAGAUAAGUAACAUAAAACUCCCAGAGAAUCCAAUUAAAGAACUUGGAACGAAUAUAUUCGAACAAUGUUGGGACCUUGCAAUUAUCGAUUUUGGAGGAAGUACACGUAUACCACAAUUCACAUUUUUAAGUUGUGGCAGUCUUUCACUUCUUACUGGAACAGAAAAGGUUGUUACUGUUGAGGCAAAUGCAUUUGAAAACACACCAUCACUUGAGUCAAUUAAUUUGUAUGCACCACUUACUUCUUUACAAGACACUCUCCUUUCCCAGAAGAAUUUGUUCUUCCAUGGAAAUCAACAACCAAAGGCACUCACAAAAAUAAAACAAGGGUUGAGGAUUUUCGUCACUAACAAUUACACCAGCACUAAGUUUGGAGAAAAUGAAGUCACAAAACUCAAUUGCUCAACACUUCAGUUCAUAGACUUGACUGCCCAACCACCAGUUUGCAAAGACUGUGAAGAUAAAAAGGCGACUUUGGACGGAGACAACUACAUGUGCGAUAUCGACAUGACGCAGUGCUUAGCAACACACGAGAAAUGUCAAAUUUGUAUUGGUGAUAAGUGCACAAAGUGUGAAGAGAAAUUGUUUGUUGAUACGGUGAAGGAUGAGUGUGUCGCGGAAUGUCCAAAAGGAUACUACGACGGUGAUAUAAUCUGUGAGAAGUGUAAAGAACAUUACGAUAAGCCUUGCAAAGACGCAGAGUGCGAGAAGUGUACUGGUGGUGUUAUUGGUGUUCUUGUUGCUUGUCUUGCUGUUGCUCUUUUCUUCGUGUUUUAA